UUGUUUGGCGCGAACAACGCGGACACUCCAGUCCAGGAUCGCUGCUGUCGUGCAAUAAAAAUGUCUUCAGGGGAUUUUUCCAGAGUCCUCGACACACUUCGUUGUCUUUAUGGCCACACACACACAUUGGAGGAGUUUGCGGACAGAAUUGUGUUCCAAGAGGGACAGAAAGCAGCCGUCGUGCAGCAGACGGACUCCGACCGCUUCAAAACUUUCGUACGGAACGUUUUUGUUUGCUACGACAAGGAGCUGCAGCAAGUGCCAAGCAAACACCAGAUUUGCACCUUCUCUGAGCUGCUGGCCUUCACUCUCAACAGCUUGAAAAGAAAGAAGAAGCGUAACAUCUUGGCGCGCGGCUACAACCUGCACUGUGUGCCUCGGGAGGAGCGUGACGCCAACCUCCUGAAACUCCAGGUGGAAGUGACCAACAGCGCCGCCUACUUCCUGAUCAGCGACAUGUGGAAGAAAGUGUUUGCGCGCCUGGGCACUGACCUCACACGCUACCUGCUGGACAGCUGCUCCGUCUUCAUCGCCGUCCCGCCUUCCUGCGCCCUCCAGCUCUGCGGCGCUCCUGUUUACGACCGGGUCUCCGUGACCGCCGUCGCCUCGGGGUUCUCCCUCCAGGCUCGGUCCAGAACACAGCGGAACGCCGCCGCCGUGAGAAGGAGACGUGACAUCAGGAGCGAGAAGAAGCGCAGAAGGGACGCCAGGGUGCCCAGCAGGAAAAGGAGGAGAGAGGAAGAAGAGAUGUCCACUUCUAGAAAGAGGAGACGUGUCGGAGAGUGUGACGCUUCAGAAGUUUCCAUGAAGCCUGCAGGAGGAAGCUGGAAAGCAGCGGCUGAAACAAGCACAACUCCUUUGGAAGCAGGUCCUAGUUGGAGAUCUGGGACUUUUCCCCCCUUGCCUUCCUCGCAGGUCUUUGUACGCACCCUGGCGCUGAUGUAUGGCGGCAGGGGCAUGGCUGCCUUCCUUCUCAACAAGAAGAAGGGAUUGAGAAGACUGCAGGGUGAGGAUUUAGUCAGAGUCGUGUUCUUUGAAGGACUGGCCUACCUCAGAGGCGUCCAGAGAAAACCAAAGAAGCUUCCACGGCGCUUUUUCAACAUGGUCCCGCUUUUUAACCGGGUGUUGCGUAAUCACAGGAGGUGUCCUUACGGCAGGAUCCUGCAGAGGGUGUGCCCGCCCCAACACUGUGCUCCUCACAGGGUCUACCUGUUCGUCAGGGAGUGUUUGUCCAAAGUGGUCCCGGCAGCGCUCUGGGGCUCCGGGGAAAACCGCCGCCUUUUUUUGGCGCGCGUCAGGAGCUUCUUGCGCAGAAGCAGGUUUGACAAGAUGUCGCUUGCCGAGCUGAUGUGGAAAAUGAAGGUGAACGACUGUGACUGGUUGAAGCUCAGCAAGACAGGCAGGGUCCCACCCAGUGAGCUGGCCUAUCGCACUCAAGUCCUGGGUCAGCUGCUGGUUUGGCUUCUGGACGGAUACGUGGUCCACCUGGUGCGGGCGUGUUUCUACGUCACAGAGAGUGUGGGCCAAAAGAACGCGCUGAAGUUCUACAGGCGGGAUGUCUGGGCCAAACUGCAGGACCUGGCCUUCAGAGGUCAUGUUUCUAAGGGCCAGAUGGUGGAGUUAACUCCUGCUCAGGUGGCAUCGCUGCCUAAAAGCACCGUGGUCUCCCACCUGCGCUUCAUCCCAAAGGCGGAUGGCAGCAUGAGGCCCAUCACUCGACUUCUGAGAACAGACGCCAAGACCAGGUUCUUCCAAGAGAACGUGCGUCAGUUGAGGGAUAUCCUGCAGGUUUGCGUGCGCUCCAAUCCAUCCCUGCUGGGAUCCACAGUUUGGGGCUUGACUGACAUCCAUAAGGCGUUGUCUUCUCUUGCUGCAGCCCAGAAGGAGAUGCCACGCGCCCUCUUCUUUACUAAGGUGGAUGUCAGCGGAGCGUACGAAAGUCUGCCUCAUGCCAAACUACUCCAGGUGAUUGGCCAAGUGCUGUCACCCGUCCAAGACCAGACCUUUUGCAUACGCAGCUAUGCCAAGGUCUGGGCGGACUCUCACGAGGGCCUGAGGAAGUCCUUUGCACGACAGGACAACAUGAGGGCCAUCAACAUGAAGAGCUUUGUGUCAGCGCUGCAAAGAAGCAAUAAAGUUCAUCACGCCAUACUGGUGGAGCAGAGUUGUUUCCCAGAUGUAAAUGGAAAAGAGGUGCUGGAGUUCUUCACCCAAAUGUUGAAUGGCAGUUUUGUACGGUUCGGGGAGAAAACAUACCGUCAGUGUCGCGGGAUUCCUCAGGGCUCUGCUGUGUCCAGUCUGCUGUGCUGUCUGUGCUACGGUCACAUGGAGAAGAGCCUGUUCCAAGGCAGACUCAACGGACUGCUGAUGAGACUAGUGGAUGAUUUCCUUCUGAUCACGCCUGACCUCCAGGAGGCACACAACUUUCUCAAGCUCUUUCUGGCCGGCGUCCCCGAGUAUGGCCUGGUCAUCAACCCGCAGAAGGUGCUGGUCAACUUUCCCCCGGUUUCCCUGGCCAACAUCCGCACCCUGCCCUCCAAAAGCCUCUUCCCUUGGUGCGGCUUGCUGCUGGACACGCACUCGCUCAACGUCCACAAUGACUACUCCAGCUACGCGGGCCUAUCUCUGCGCUACAGCCUCACUUUGGGCUCCGUCCACUCAGCCGGAGAGCAAAUGAGGAGGAAGAUGAUGAUGGUCCUCAGACUCAAGUUCCAUGCCCUGUUCCUGGACUUGGAGACAAAUUCCCUGCAGGCAGUCUACAAGAACAUCUACAUGUUGGUGCUGCUCCAUGCAUUCAGAUUCCAUGUGUGUGCUCAGAGUUUACCCUUUGGCCAAACGGUUGCUAAGAACCCGUUCUACUUCCUGCGGAUGAUAUGGGACAUGGCCCACUACACCAAUCAGCUACUCAGGCAUAGCAACAAAGGCUGCGAGGCCCUGGCCGCCAUCAUGCCGUACGACGCGGUCAAGUUGCUUUUUUGCCUUUCGUUUUUGCUGGUGUUGUCCCAGCAUCGUGCCGUCUACAAGAAGAUGCUGCCCCAGCUGCAGAAACGAAAACGUAGUCUGGAGCGGCGGCUGGGAGAUUUGAAGCUGGCCCAAGUGAGACAGGCUGCCAACCCAAGGACCCCUGUGGACUUUUUGACCAUCAAAAUGUAAUAAGCCUGUCAGCUCACCCUCAGCAGAGUCACAUUUUGGGUAAGAAUGUUCUCAGCUUAAACGUUCGUUUUUCUGCAAAACAGUUAGUUUUAUAUAAAUGAUUAAUGUGCAGUUUUGUUCUUUCAUAUGAUACAUAGCACUUUAACAUUAAUCACAAACCUGGCCCAGAAUCCAACCACUGGAUAAAUAAAGGCAGUUAAUUGAAAAAUCUUUCAGUACAAAUAAACACACACGUUUGGACUUUCAUUUAAAAUUAAUGUGCUAUUUGUCAAUGUAAAACUUCAAAUACGUGACUGGCAUCACUAUCUAUCUAUCUAUCUAUCUAUCUAUCUAUCUAUCUAUCUAUCUAUCACGUCUGGCCUGUUUCAAUUGCACAUACUGUAAGAUGUUUGAAUGCAAAAUUGUAAUAAAGACAAGUACCUGGUUUCACUUUA